AUGCCAUUACCCAAAUUCUUGAAAUGGAUUAUAGACUUCAUGCAAUCUCUCUUUCAAACUUCUCUUUCUUCCCCGCUUCCUACUCCGCCUGUGGAACUCUGCAAUGACAUUCUCUUCGAAAUUUUUCUACGCCUCCCUCCUGAAGUACUUCCACGCCUCAGCAUCCUUAAUAAAGGAUCCUAUGACAUGAUUAACAGCCCACUAUUCCAAACAACUUAUUGGACACAGAAGAUUCAACUACCUCGCCUUUAUGCUAGGGUGUAUUACCAACAUAAGUUGACCAACCAGAUAGGCUUUGCCUUAACAAACAAGGAACAUGAUCACAAAUUCAACAAGAAUAAAUUCCAUAAUUAUACACAGGUUCCUCAAAUUCGUUACCCUUCAAGUUACUACACUAGGAUCCUUCAAUGGACCGAGGCAAUGCUUGAGUACAACCACAUUGGACCAAAUGUAUCACAAUUCAGAAAACAAAUGAGUGGCCAAAAAGACACGGAUGCAAUAUGCCAACAGCACCUUCGAACAAAUGAGUAG